AUGGCACGACUCUAUAUUAUCUUUAUGGAGCCUCAACCGUCGCCUACAUUGCGCUUUUCGGCUGUGGAGUCGCGAACCUACUCUGGAUUACCUUUUGCCAUCGGAGAGCAGAAUGCGCAACAGCAACAAAUCGUCAAUGUGGAAUCAGCGCCGGUGAACCCGUUCGCUGCAGAUCCAGCAACGAGGAAUGUGACGCCAACCCAGCAUAUGGCCCACCACAAUAUUCAGAUAUACCUGCCGAAUGGAUUAUGGCUUACGUUUAUGGGAGCGUUGUUUCUGCGCAUCUUAUGGAACUGUAACCGAACCCUGGUAGUCGAUAUCAUACUCGACGGCAACUAUACGCUAGACGGUACCCAACAGUUCGAAAAUGCUACGGGAAUCCCAUUCGAUGCCGUCGUCCUCGUGUCCAACUUUCUGGGCUUCCUGUGUGAGACGUCCAUGUUUAGCACGAUGCUGCUGUUUGCUCAAGGAUACUGUAUUGUGAGGGCUCAGUUCUUUGAUUUGAAUCAAUCGAGAGUGUUUGCUGGGCUUGUUAGUUUGUCGCUGCUAUUACAGGUGGUGUUGUCUGGAUAUGGUCAAUUAUACGCUAUCGUCCUCGCAUUCCUCCAACUUAUCGUAAUCCGCAUCCUUCUCCACUCUAUUGCCCACCUCAAAUCCUUUUAUGCCGGUCUCACUCGCAGCAUCCGCCUCUCCCGAGCCACAAACCUCAUCGACGCAUCCCCCACCGAGCAGAAGCUCGACCUAAUGACAGCAACACUCACCCUUUUCUACAUCUAUCUUUUCGCCGUGGUUGGCAUGCUAGUCGCAACGCGCGUAACCAGUGUCUCGAACGUCGCCAUUAUCGCCGAAGUCGUGGAUUUCGGAUUCGUGUGCUCGCUUAUGGUACUGCUGAGACUACGCGGGAAGGCAACGAGGAGGAGAACGCCGGAUGAGACGAGAGUUCAGCCUGUGCAUGCUGAGGCGGUGGAGGCUGUUAAGCCAAAGAGAAGUAACGCAGAGACAAAGUACUAUAUGAUUCAGUACUCGGCAGAGACACGAGGUGCUGCGACGCUAAACCCGGUUAUAAAUCAACGGUUGUUUCUGGCUAGCCCUGAUAUGUUGCAGGAUGAGGCGACGCUGUAUGUGGGUGAGGACCAAUAA